UUCAUUCACUUCCGGAAGGUCACAAGCAUGGCUUCGCGGAGGUGACUGCUGUCGAAAUUUGCAGUGGAUGCAAUGUUGUUGACAUAAUUCUUAUUUUGCCAUUCACCUCAAGUCAAAUGUUUUCCUCCUACUACCGAGGAUAAUGGUACAGUAAAGAAAUGCUCAUUUCUCUUUCCGUCAUUUGCUGGUCAGCAAAUUGACCAGCUCAAUAUUAAACCAGCUACACAGCAGAGUACUGCAAGGACGAUUGAAUCUAGCAAGCAAGUAAACUACACUGUCCCUUGCGUUAUUUUGGAAACCUGUUUCGCACAUUUCCAUGAUGCUGCGAAGUCUUGUGUCCUUGCAUUGUCGGCUCGGCCAGACACUUGCGUUUCCUCAGAGAUAUCUUGUGCAGAGACAGAAAAGUCUUGUCGCCAACCUGCAGAGUGCAAGAUGCUACGGGCUGGCAACGACAGAGCGAAAGAAGUUCUAUGAAGAUGUUAGUAUUUCACAGGGUGAAGGUGGACUAUAUGAGAUCAACCUGGAUCGUCGUAAAUUGAAAACCCCGAAAGGGACACUCUUCACUGUCCCGAACGAGGCCCUAGCCAUAGCUGUGGCAACAGAGUGGGAUGCCCAGAAAGACACUCUCAAGUUCUACACCAUGCACUUGACAACUCUGUGUAAUACGGCCUUGGACAACCCCACACAGCGCGACAAAGACCAGAUGAUUGCAGCGGCUCUGAAGUACUUGGAGACAGACACCAUAUGCUAUAGGGUUGAAGACCCCCAGGCCCUGGUUGAGCUCCAACAAAAUGAAUGGGAUCCAGUGAUGGAGUGGAUUGAAAAACGGUAUAAUGUGGUUAUUGGUUCAUCGUCAGAUAUAAUGGGUCCACAAAUCCCGGAAGAGACGAAAGAGACGUUUCGCCAGCACCUCAACUCCUAUAACUUCUGGGCGUUGACAGGCUUGGAGUAUGUCAUCACCCAACUGAAGUCUGUAAUCCUGGCCUUCGGGAUGAUUGACAGAUACCUCACAGUGGAGCAGGCCGUGCUUCUGUCACGCUUAGAGGAAGAGUAUCAGAUACAGCGCUGGGGUAGUGUGGAGUGGGCGCACGAUUAUGACCUGUAUGAGUUGCGGGCGCGCACGGCAGCCGGUACACUGUUCGUCCACCUGGCAUCCGAGAGUUCCACCGUGAAGCGCAAACUCCUACAGGACUGACCUGCCUCCUCCUUCCCGCACCUCUGUGGGUCGAAAACACAACGGGCAGAUAUUGUAAAUAAAGUGACUUGGUUCUUAAAGUGAA